UGCCGUCCUGUGCUUUCCAACAGAUGCGUCUCAAUCCGGCACCUUGCUGUUGCUCCAAUCAGCCAACCCAUCUCAAUUCGAUCAACCACAACUACCUAGGUACGCUGUACAAGAGCCUCCGCGCCAUCUCGAACCAUGGAGUCUCCAACCAUGGAGCAAAUGUCUGGCGUCAUGCGAGAUACUUCUCAGCCAUGGGCAUUAGGUUAUCGCCAGAAGAACAACAGUGUCAAUGAUAUUGGAAAAGACUACAAUGUCAAAGACCUUGAUGAAGCCAGUCGCUCAUCCUCAGCAGAGGGCAAGAGCAUCUCGACUCAUACUACUGACCGUAGUGAUGCAUCAACUGUUGCAACGAGCAUCACCACAGACCUCGACGCCGUCGACAGAAACGCCGAUCGUUCCAGCAACAACGCGAAUAAAACCGCCGUUGCGCAUAUACUCCCACUGCCUUCAUGUUUGCUUGAUGGGCCGACUAAGAGCGAAGCUACGCUACGUUACGAUCGGGAACUAAUGAUUGACGAUGAGGAAAGAGACAAAGCUGAAAAUGCUUCGCCUGGUGUCGCUUCGUCUGGUGCCACCAAUGCUAGUGCUACCAACACUGCAGUAGCACACGCCAAGCGUACAUGUCUCACCCAACCACACGGGUGUGCUGAGGUGCGCGUUGGUUUUGGCGGCGAAAUACCACGUUGGCGCAAGGGCUCCGUACUCUCCUACGUCGUCUGCGGAGAGGAUUUCCCACCCAGUCUCUCGAUAGAAGAAGCUAUGGCAGUAGCAGUCAAUAAGUGGCAGAAUAUUGGGGCGACCUUUAAACAAGUUGGCCGCAAUGAUCCAGCCACGUUCGUCGUCACCUAUCAGAACGGGAACCCACCAGUCUAUGCAAGGGCCUUUCUCCCGAAUGAAACGCUACGCGAGUUGACCGUCUAUGAACACACUCUUCAAGCGGCCGAAUACCUAGCUGGUAUCCUGUCCCACGAACUUGGCCAUAUUCUAGGCCUUCGGCAUGAAUUUGCCCAUAGGCGUGACGAAGGAAGGGACCAUCGCUCCGUUCUUGUUGGGAGCGAGAAUCCCCAGUCAGUUAUGAACUACUUCGACGAUCCGAAAGAUUUCCAAGUUCAAGAACGAGACCUUGAAGAACUCAGGCGCUUCUAUGAAGACGAUAGGGUUGAGUACGAGGGGCUUGUCAUACGUGACAUCGAUCCAGAGGAUCAGCUCUUUUUCGCGUCUUCUGGCAGCGACCUAGCAUCUUCUGUCACUUCGGCUGCCAUUGAGAUCACACACCCACCAGCUUGCCCGUUCCUGCAUUGGCCCAACGUUAAAACCGUGAUGCUCCAUAUGAUAGUCAUCCUCAUCCUGCUCUUUCUUUUGUAUAUUGUUGGCUUACUCUCUUAGAGCGGUUUGGCGGUUCUGGGCGUACUGCUCGUGCACCCACUGAGUCUCGGAGGGCAAUAAAACGACCUAGCCAACAUCUUGGCCCACGGAAUCGGUCAUAUUCUAGGCCUUCGACACGAGUACCCUUCUAUUCCUAUUGGAAUAGAGAAUCGGCGUCCUUCUCUUUCUAAUCCCCAGUGUUUCAAUGGUAUUAGCGAUGACUGGUGUUUCUUUAAUUCUUCCUUUAUACUUGGCACCCUCUUCUUUUCUUUUGUUAUAUUGCGAUGUGGCGCUUGGCGCCAGACCAGGACGGUUACAUAUACUUGGACAGUGAAAUGACUAGAUGGUGAGAAUUUGACUCUAGAUUGACAGGUAUUUCAUUUUUUGGAAUUUUCUUUUAAUUAGUGAAUAAAUCAAUGAGAGUACAGAUGACGGCUUGACUGGAGAAAGAAAGUUCGUGGAAAAUCUCGUUGUGCGCAUACAUGGGGCCUCGAG